AUGUCUGAGAAUUUAAUUAAAUGUGCGAACUGUAAUGUGGUUAUUUCGGAAGUAUUGGCGUUUAUACGCAAUAAACACGAUGUUAUGGACAAUGAGAGUCUCGUAAGGAUUUGUCAGUCGGCUUUUUCUGAAGAGGAGAUUGAUGAGGCGAAGAAAGGAGAGUAUUUUAGAAACAGCGGACCGAUAGGACCACCGCACGUGACGUCGGAGCUUACAGCUGACGCGAACGGCCGCACGACGUGUGACGUCACAGCAGCGUCUCACGGCAAUAACAAUAUUAUGAGUGCACCUACUAACAAUCAAAACAAUGAUUUAUUUAACAAACCAGCGUAUAGUGCUCUGUUCCACUCUCCGGCAAUUAAUAAAGUUGUUCCGGCUGCACCUCGAUUAUGCAAAACAUCUGACGUCAUCGCCCUAAAGGAGACCUGGCUUUGGCCCCAUGAACUGACGUAUUUGAGCAGCUUGGAUGACAACUUCACAUACACAGGCAAGUCAUCAAUGGACACGACGAUGGGAGUCGUCAAGGGACGACCUCAUGGAGGAGUUGCAUUGUGCAUGAUAACCGUGAAAUGCUGUUGUUUUCUGUGUAUAUGCCAUUCGAUAAUAGUAAAAGUGAUAGCUUCAUUGAAUUCAGUGAAUGUUUAA